GGGCGGUAUGAGAUUCAAAUUCAGUGGUGGAGUUGAAGGGGAGAGAGAGAGCUGUGUCUCCCUGACGGGGUAUAAAUAUAUCCCCUCAUUUUCAUUUGUUUUCUUUGCUUUUAAAACAGAGCAAGAGAAGUAGCUACUACUCAUAACGUUUCCAUUACCAUACUUCUCUCUCAAAAUCCCCUCUCCCAAAAGCAAACCCAGAGCUAUAAUUAAGAGAAACUUCCAGAUCAGGACACUGCCCCAAGCAAAGGACACCCUUGUCAUUUCCCUCAGAUCCCUCCGCCCUUCCCCUCUCUCUCUCUUUCUCUCCCUGCAACUAGAGAGAGAGAAGCAGAGGGAAGCAUAGCUAACUUAUUACUGUGCUUUUUAAGACACUUGUGGAGGAAGAGAAAGAGAAGGCAAACACCUUUCUCUCUCUAAUCUUUAUCUCUAUUUUAGCCCUUUAUUUAUCUUUACUGUUCAAAUCAACUUGCAAUUUCCUUGCUUGCUUGCUAAAAUUAGAAAAAGGAAAGGCCAUUCAUUAAAGCAAUAAUGGAGAGAAGCACUCCGGUCAGGAAACCACACACUUCUACUGCAGAUCUGCUCACUUGGUCUGAGAAUCCGCCUGCUGACUCCGCCUCCGUCGGCUCCGCCCCUCGCUCCGCUCCCCGCUCACACCAGCCGUCCGAUGGGAUCAGUAAGGUAGUUUUUGGAGGUCAAGUUACAGAUGAGGAGUUUGAGAGCUUAAACAAAAGGAAACCUUGUUCUGGGUACAAAAUGAAGGAGAUGACUGGCAGUAGAAUUUUUGCAGCCAAUGGAGAUGAUACAUCUGAAUCUGGUGGUGCCAAUCCCACACCAAACAACAGAACAGGACUACGCAUGUACCAGCAAGCACUUGCUGGAAUCAGUCAUAUUUCAUUUGGAGAAGAAGAGGGUGUUUCACCCAAAAAACCUACUACUUUACCUGAGGUGGCAAAGCAACGAGAACUAAGUGGGACCUUAGAAAGUGAGGCUGAGAAAGAGGCCAGGUUGAAGAAGCAGCUUUCUGAAGCCAAGUGCAAGGAGCUCAGUGGACAUGACAUCUUUGCACCUCCUCCAGAAAUUUUACCACGGCCAAUGACAGUGCGUGCUUUGGCAUUGAAAGAAAGCAUUGAAUUGGGAGAACCUGCUCCACGUGAUAUACACACUUCCAUCAAAGUUUCUAACCCUGCUGGAGGUCAGAUGUCUAGCGAGGAACCCGUGAUGAAGACAGCAAAGAAAAUUUAUAACCAGAAAUUCAAUGAGCUUUCAGGAAAUGACAUAUUCAAGGGUGAUGUUGCUGCAUCAUCUGCUGACAAAACUCUAAGUGUGGCAAAAUUGCAGGAGAUGAGCGGUAAUGACAUAUUUGCUGAUGGGAAGGCAGAGCAUCGAGACUACCUAGGUGGUGUACGCAAGCCCCCAGGUGGCGAGAGCAGCAUUGCCUUGGUUUAACUUGUUAGGUCUAACCUUGUCUUCUUAUCAGUCAUCACUGUUUCUGGCUUUGUUUUAUUGCUAGUUGGGAUGUGUUAUUAUAUUAUUUGACCUUGGAUUGCGGCUUUUGGGAUUAUGUUUAGGCCUUAACAUGUCAUCCAUUACUGUGGAUUGUUCUAAUUGGAUUUUUUAUGUCCAUAUUCUUGUGUUUUUCAGUGCUUGUUUUAGCCAACUACAUUGGGCAUUAUAUUGUUAUUAAAUUGUUUGAAUGCAUUUCUGGCUA